UAGUACACCCUGAGGUAAUUGUUUUAAGAUUUUUUAUAUGUCUAGUAGAGUUCACAUGUCUAGAAAUGAUGUGGAUGCAUUUAUGCAGUCGGGCAUUUAUUGCUGGCACCAAUCAGAGCAUACCAAAGGUGGAGGAGAGACUAGAUGGCACCGAGUGCUUUUCAGAAUAUUUAAAGGAAGACGUUAAUAAAAAUAAUGUUCGUUCCACACAGUUUGCAUUCCACAAAAUGCUGAACCGCCAAAUGUUGACAAAAACCUACCACUUACGGGCAGUAUAUAGGCCUCGAUUACGUAAGAUUUAUCUCUAUGGCUAUCCACUAUUUUACAACUGUGUUUCGACAAGUAUUCAGAACAAACAAUAUCGACGUUCGGAAAACAAUGAUCAUUUUCUGCACCAAGCACUCUCGGCGGAUGAUGCAAAUCAGUUGACAAAUCUACAUGAUUCCACACAUUUAUUGUAUAUAAAUAAAAAUUCAGAGGGAAAUAAUGUUCGUACGGCAUGCAUUGCAACUAACCAGUUAUUUGUGCAAUCGGAAAACUGGGUAGCUAGCGAUUUGCUCGAAGCCAGCGAGCUAGAAGUCUUCACUUCAUCUGAAAAUUCCCUUCUACAACUGGACAGUGUUAAUAACUUGAACGUUACGGGUAUAAAUAAUGUAUGUGGCUUAUCCUUCGAUCACAAUGAGUGCAGAUGCUGCUUAUGCUUGCAAAGGAAAAACGCAAUUAAAUCAAGUGUUUCAAAGGCUAAACGUUUCAUCGAUGAGGCUGUGCAGUCUUUGCGUGCAUUACCAUCCCCAGCUUAUGCCUCUCAUUCCCGUAGAAGAAAGACGUAUGUUUACCUUAUCAAUCUUGCUCAUCUGUUACUGGUAAUCGCGUGCCUACGUGGAAUGCUUUAGAACAAAUGUAAGUCAAAGGUUAAAAAUUAAUUUUGCAAAAUUACUAUGUAUAGGCAAUGUUUAUCGUAAAAACGAAGAUGUUAAUUUCUGAAAUAUGAUAUGCAGGCAUGUGUAUUUAUUGCACUUCAAACCUCAAGUGUUAUGAUAAAUUAUAAUAAAUA